UAGCCAGAUGAAAUCUAUGGCGUCUGCUAGCGAUUGACAAGAUGACGUCAGCUGCCCUGUUCGUCUUCAGCGCACUGCUCACCAGGACAUUAUGCGUAAUCGCUCCCCAAAUACCAGAUUUCAAAACCGGUGACAAGAAUGUGAUAAAGGGGCCGUUUUGGAACGAAGUCUUCACGGAGGUGUACGAAGAUCAGGAAGAAGACAUUUCCACGACCACAUCGGAGCCAUUGCCUUUCUUCGAAGAUGACGCUUCCACGAACAAUGUAACUGCACAGUUGGGGAGCCGAGUCCACUUGCAUUGUCGAGUGCACGAUUUAGGCGAAAAAACCAUAUCCUGGGUGAGAAGGCGAGGAGACGACCUGCAUUUACUUUCUUUCGGGCGUCAUACAUACUCAGCAGACUCCAGAUAUUCUUUGGCGUUUGAACAUCCUAAUGAUUGGCGCUUACUCAUUCAGUAUGUGAGUGAAAGAGACGAAGGAUAUUAUGAAUGUCAGAUGUCGACUCAUCCACCCCUCGUGAGAAGAGUUCAUCUCGCCGUCGUUGUGCCAAAAGUUGAGAUAGUGGACGAACGUGGUCGACCUCUACAAGAUAAAUUCUACAAAGAAGGUUCGAUCAUAGAACUGAGAUGCGUGGUCAGCGAAGUUCCACAACCAACGCGGCAAGUCAGCUGGAAACAUGGAGGCAGAUUGCUCAACUAUGAUACGAAGAGAGGAGGCGUUAGUGUCAAGACAGAAGCCACAUCUAACGGCGCCUUGUCAAGACUCUACAUAGCAAAUGCGAAUAGAAACGACUCCGGUAACUACACGUGCUCACUAGCGGAUGUCGCAGCUUCAGCAGUAUCUGUGCACGUGCUCAGGGGCGAGAAUCCGCUAGCAAUGCAAAGAGGGAAGGCGUCCAUCUUACAUCCAUCGCUGAUUUUGUUUGGCAGUUACAUCAGCUGA